AUGGUAGUGUUUAUAGAAGACAGUUUAUUCUAUUCCCACCAGAGCAGUCGUAUGCAGAUCUUUGAGACAGAGAACUUCAUGGGCCGCAGCGCUGAGCUGUGUGAUGAUUACCCCUCUCUGAGGGCCAUGGGCUGGUGCAUGCCUGAGGUCGGAUCCAUGCACGUUCAGUGUGGCGCCUUUGUGUGCUACCAGUUCCCCGGCUACAGGGGCCAGCAGUACAUCAUGGAGUGUGAGAGACACAGUGGAGACUACCAGCACUGGAAGAACUGGGGUUCCCACUGCCAGACACCCCAGAUCCAGUCUAUCCGCCGUAUCCAGCACUAA